AUGAUUAUUAAUCUCCAUUUUCUCUUGGUCUGCUUCUCAUCCUUCAUCUCCAUUAUCGCUUCUUCAUCACCGCCGUUAAACUUCACCGUUUACGGCACCGCCGAUGUCAAUCACACCUCCAUUAUCCUCACUCAAAAUCUCCAUAACUGUACUUCAAAUGCACAGCAUUCAAAUAUCGGACGAGUAUUUUACAAAAACCCAAUUCGAUUUCUCGAUUCUUCCUUCAAUUCCACCGUCUCUUUCUCCACCCGUUUCUCCUUCAUCAUCAUCCCUCCGCCGCCUCUCUGUCUCGCAGGUGAAGGAGUAGCGUUCUUGAUCACCUCCGAUUCGAACUCUUUGCCACAUUCAGUUGGGUGUAUUGGUUUACCUAAAUCCAUCGAUCAGUUAUCUGAUUCUUCGUUCUUGGCAGUUGAAUUUGAUACCAGUUUUGAUCAGGGUCUUGGUGAUAUCAACGAUAAUCAUGUUGGGAUCGAUGUGGAUUCGAUUUUUUCUAUAGCUUCGGUUGAUUUAAUGUCGACUGGGAUAGAUUUGAAGAGUGGGAAAAGGAUAACUGCUUGGAUUGAAUACAGAAACUCUGAAAAGAUCAUCCAGAUUUGGGUUGGAUACACCCAGAUCAAACCCGAAAAUCCGAUUCUCGUGGCGCCAUUGGAUAUUUCCAAGAGAUUCAAUGGGUUUAUGUAUGUAGGUUUUUCUGCUUCUAAUGGAAGAGGAUCUGCGACUCAUUUGAUCGAUAACUGGCGAUUAAAAACCUCUGAAUCUGUGCCUCCAAAUAUCGAAGUGGAAACUGUAAAAUCGGAAAACUGUUUGAUAUGUUUUCCAGAGGAUUCCGGCAAGGAUGAAGAAGACAAAAAGGGUUCAUCGAAUCAUCAUCAUUAUUCAGACAAAAGGGUACUCGAAUUAGCUCUUGGAUUGUUGGGUCUCAAUGUGAUUUUGAUUCUUUUAACUGUGUGUCUUGUACUGUUGUAUGUGUGUUUCAUGAAGAGAAGAAACCCAUCGAAAAAACCCACAGAAGAACCCCAAAUCUGUAGUAGCAGGUUUCAAGAGAAUCGAAUGCCGAGAAGACUGAAACUAUCGGAGAUUCGAUCAGCCACAAAAGGGUUUUGCCGGAAUCAGAUCGUGAGCGAAGGGGUGUCGGCGAUCCUGUACGAAGCCAGUUUGCCGUCGUGCGGGAAUGUGGCGGUGAAACGGUUCAUCAACGCUAACAAAACCAGCUCGUUCGAAGGUCAGUUCGUUACGGAAUUUGUAAAAAUGGCGGGUUCGUUAAGACACAGGAAUCUAGUCCAGCUUCAAGGAUGGUGUUGUGAAAAGAAAGAAUUGAUCCUGGUUUACGAGUUCAUCACAAACGGAUCACUCGACAAGAUUCUUCACCACCCAACACCCGCCAAUAACUCACUGAGUUUCGACGCGAGAUCCAAGAUUCUACUCGGAGUUUCAUCAGCUCUAGUAUAUCUACACGAGGAAUGCGAGAAACCGAUCAUUCACCGAAACGUAAAAACCAGUAACAUAAUGUUGGACGCCGAUUUCUCCCCGAAAUUAGGCGAUUCCGGGAUCGGUGAGCUUUACGAUCAUAACUCGAGGGCACGGGAUGUUACUUUGCAGGCGGGGGCGAUCGGGUAUCUGGCGCCGGAAUACGUGUUUUCCGGUGUUCCGACGGUGAAAACGGAUGUGUACAGUUUCGGGGUGGUGGUGCUGGAGGUGGCGUCAGGGCGGCCAGCGGUGGAUGAGGGCGGCAUGGUGGUGACGGAUUGGGUGUGGGAUCUGUGGGGGAAGAAGACAUUGGUGAGUGGUGCAGAUCCUAGACUGAUGGGAAGGUUUAACAGUACAGAUAUGGAGAUGAUGUUAACGGUUGGGUUGAUUUGUGUUCAUCCAAAUUACCAGAUGAGACCCAUCAUGAAGGAGGUGGUGCAGAUGUUACAAGGUGGGUUGGUGCCGAAUUUGCCGGCGGAAAAGCCGACGGUGAUGAUUCAGUCGGUGUUGGUGCCGGAAGUGGUGGUGGGGGGGUGUGGUGGAGAUGACAGCGUCACGUCGUGGGGAACACCAAGGAGUCAUCUUAGCUAG